AUGAACAAGUCCACAUCAUGGAGUGGUACUCCUUCCAUCAAAGGCUCAAGCGAGGCAAUGCGCAUGUGUCUGCUCACCUGUUCAUUGAUCGGAUUGCAGUUCACAUGGGGAAUCGAGAUGACAUAUGGCACACCUUACCUUCUCCAACUGGGCCUCACAAAGUCGAAGACCUCUUUGGUAUGGAUCGCAGGCCCCCUCUCGGGCUUGAUCAUGCAGCCUAUCGUCGGCGCAUACGCAGACAAGUCAACCUCUAGAUAUGGGAGGCGCAGACCAUACAUGAUAGUUGGAUCUAUCAUCACGGGCAUUGGACUAUUGCUGUUAGGGUGGACCUCAGAAGUGGUGGGAGUCUUCCUCCCAGAGGGUCAGUCGAAAAAGGAUGUUACACUCUUGCUCGCAAUUCUGUGCAUCUAUGCGCUCGACUUCUCGGUCAAUGCUGUUCAAGCGUGCGGUCGAAGUCUGAUCGUCGACACACUGCCCAUCUCGCAGCAGCAGUCCGGUUCUGCCUGGGCCUCGAGAUUGGUUGCAGUGGGACACCUGCUCGGAUAUUUCAUCGGGAGUUUUGACCUUGUGGCUAUCUUCCCCGGCUGGCUAGGCGGAGACACACAGUUUAAGAAGAUGACCGUUAUUUCGGCUAUUGCCUUGUGGCUGACAGUGGGGAUCACUUCUUGGGCGGUCACCGAACGUGUCAGGCUCUCCGGCGACAAUGACACGACUACCAUGAAGGAAGUUUUGGCAAACCUAUGGUACCGCACGCUGAAUCUACCUCCAAGGAUACAGGCUAUCUGUUGGGUUCAAUUCUGGAAUUGGGUUGGAUGGUUCCCAUUUCUCUUCUACUCCAGCACAUUCGUCGGGGAGAUAUACUAUCGGUACGAACACCCUCCACCAAUUGCGGGCUCGAACGACCAACACGAUGCUCUGGGCAACAUCGGCCGCCUAGGAAGUGUCGCUCUUGUAAUCUUCUCUCUCAUUACAUUUUGCUCUUCCGUUCUCCUCCCUUACGUCGUCAAAGCCCCAGAAGCCGGCGAGGUGAGAUUCACACCUCGCCCACCUCCUUCACUGACGAAACCGCUUCAGACCAUUCUGGUCAAGGCGGCAACAAUGCAGCCCGAUCUGACGUCGGCCUGGUUGCUUUCCAACCUUCUCUUCGCUUUCAUCACCGUCUUUGCACCAUGGACUAGGAGCCUCCACUCGGCGACAGCGCUCGUCGCGUUGUGCGGCGUCCCUUGGGCCAUCUCAUGCUGGGCGCCGUUCGGGCUUCUCGGCAUCGAAAUUAACCAAAUGUCCUCUGGCCCGCACGCAGCGAUCAAGGGUUCCAUUGCUCCCGGCUACACGUCGGUGCACGGUAGCGUCGACGAGCCUGAUGCCGCCGAUGACAUCGAGAUGGAGGAAGCGCGGCGGCACCGUCGCAUCUUCUCAGACGGUGUUCUUCGACUCCAUCACCCUGAGGAUCCCAAUGCGCACGCCUCCACCGGUGAACUGGCAGGGAUAUAUCUCGGGGUCUUGAACGUGUACACCACGCUCCCCCAGUUCGUCGGCACCUUCCUCAGUUGGAUUGUUUUCUCUAUUCUAGAGCCUGGGGCAAACGAUGUUGAUGGUGCUGAUGUUGAUCCAGCGCACCACAAAUGGUUGAAUCUGAAGCAGAAUGCCCCGAACGCGAUUGCCGUAUGCAUGUUUGUCGGCGCCCUGUGCAGUGUCAUCAGUGCCGAGGCUGCCAGACGCUUAAAGAGGGUGGUCUGA